AUGUCUACCAAGAUACUGUCUUUAAACAGCACGGUUUUCAAAUGGAUGAAAACGUUUCACACCAGCUGUCCACGAGGGUUUAGGUAAGACACGCCGGAUAACUUUUUGGUAAUGUGUAAACUUUUAUAUAAACUGCUUAUACAACAACCAUGCAUGCAGCAUAACUUCCUCAUUUUUAACUUCCACAGAACUGCAGCUGCGUCUCUUAGUUCCGUCAGUUUGAAGGGUCGAAGCUUCCUAACUUUGAAAGAUUUCAGCCCAGAUGAAAUCAAGAGGCUGCUGUGGGUCUCAGGAGACCUCAAACAUCGGAUCAAACAUGAAAAACAGGUAGCUGGUGUUUGCUAACAUCUGUUGACUGCAGUGUGCAUUUGCAAAUGUUCUCAGUUGUAACUGUCAAGGUCAAUCUUCAGUGUCUGAAGCUAACUUUCUUCUCCAUUUUAGUAUCUUCCUCUUCUCCAAGGGAAGUCCAUUGCCAUGAUAUUUGAGAAGAGGAGCACCAGAACAAGAAUGUCUACAGAAACAGGUGUCCCUUAUGUAUUCAUAUAUCUUCAAAUGGUUUAUGACAUGUGCUGUAUUGAAACUUAUAUGUAAAAACAUUAAAGUGGCACAAUGCAGUCAUCAAUUGUUAGAUUAACCCAUUAGAUACACAUUGAUAGAAUGAAUGUAAUAGGGUUCUAGUAUCUCAUAAAUUUAGCCUGGCUGUUAAAAGACAGUUUCUAUUUGAGGAUGAUUCAGUGUUUUUACUCCAGGUUUUGCUUUGCUUGGCGGGCACCCCUGUUUCCUCAAAUCUGAGGACAUCCACCUUGGAGUGAACGAGAGUAGCACAGACACAGCUAGGUAUGAAAUUCAUUAUGGUUUUGUUCUUUACCAUGUGGGUUACAUAUCUCCACUCCUUAUUUGUCUGUUAAUCUCAAAAAAAUCUUAAUCAGCAUGGUGUUUUUUAAGGCAGCGCUGCUUCACUUGUAUAAUAUUGCUUUGGUCCUCUGCUGCUUUUAAUAACUAAAAGGAAAGAUUAGAUUUUGUGGAUCACCACAUGAACCAAUUUUACAUGCACCCCUGUGUAAUCUCUAACCCCCCGCCACAGGGUUCUCUCAGGGCUGUGUGAUAUUGUCUUAGCACGAGUGUAUAGCCACUCCACACUGGAAGAACUGGAUAAGGAGGCCUCCAUCCCCAUCAUUAAUGGCCUGUCUGACCUCAGCCACCCAAUCCAGAUCCUAGCUGACUACCUCACUUUUGCAGGUAAUGUAGCAGCUUCCUGGCAUCCUGCUGUUUAAAUAAUUGAGAUGAUAAAGUCAGCUUGUUUUUCAAAUAUUUCCUCCCAGGAACAUUAUGGCUCCCUGAGUGGACUAACAGUCAGCUGGAUUGGAGAUGGGAACAAUGUCCUCCACUCCUUCAUGAUGUCAGCAGCCAAACUAGGAAUACAUCUGAAGAUUGCUACACCAAAGGUUUGCUUCUUUUUAUGUGGGCACAUCAACUGUAACUGUCUUAUCAUUGCUAGAGUUGAUCCUUUCCAAAGAAUAUCCUGGGGAACUAAAAAUAUAUUGUUUUCUUUUUAUAAAAUAUAUGAAUAUUCAGCAACUGAUCUACAUUUUUACCUUAAUUUGUAGGGAUAUGAACCAGAGAAAAGUGUAAUUGAAGAGGCACAAAGACUCUCCAAAGAGGUGAAUUAUUGUUCAUGUGUCCUAGCUUUAAACAAACCUCUUGUCAAAAGACGUCUCAUUAAUUCCUAAAAUUGUAUUUUGUCUCAGCACGGGACCAAGCUGGUUCUGACCAGUGACCCCAUGGAGGCUGCCCAUGGCAGCAAUGUUUUGGUCACUAGCACCUGGGUUAGCAUGGGGCAGGAGGAGGAGAAAAAAAGAGGCUUAAUGACUUUAAAGGUUACCAAAUUACUAUGCAGGUAAGAUGUGGGGAGUUUUACAAAUAUAAAGAUGCACAUUUUGACUUGAACACUUUCUCUAUGGCUCAGAAAGAAAGAGGAGUCAAUCAUUACAUAUCAGUAGCGUUUAGAGAUGGAAGGCGUUUUCUGCUAUGUAAAAGACACUGAACUUUAAUUCAGAGCAAACUUAUGUUUUGUCUUUAAUAGACUAUAGUUUUCUGAAAAAUGAGAAAGUGAGGUGAUGUGAUUUUCAUUAACAAAACAUGUCUUUAUGUCAUAUAUAUAAACACACAUUAUGGACCGUUUUAUUUUGGAGAAACUACCUCUGAACUGAUCCAAAUCAGUCAUUUGUCAGCCAAAUAUGUGUGAGCAUAGGAGAUGUUUGAUUCCAGUUUUGAAUUGAUUCAAGGUAUUAACAUAAAACAGCUUCUGGAAAACAAAAGAGAAAUGGACCCGCACUGCAAACAAAAAGAAACUGUAAUGUAUUUAACAUAUAUGUAUAUCUGACUAGCCAUUAUUGUUGCAUUACUCCAUCCUGACUUUCUCACUCAUCUACAGACAGCACGUGGAGCCAAACCAGACUGGACCUUCCUGCACUGUCUUCCACGGAAAAUGGGGGAGGUGGAGGUGGAUGACGAGGUAUUCUACUCUCCCCGUUCACUUGUCUUUCCUGAGGCAGAGAACAGGAAAUGGACCAACAUGGUGAGCAGCCUUGAGAAAAACUCACCAUUAUUUACCAUAUAAUUUUAUACAUAAGUAGGUUCAUUUAGACCCAUAGUCAGCUUUUACUCUCUCUCUUCUAAUCAUGACAUCCUUUUUCUCUUACAGGGUCUGGUGGUUUCUCUUCUGACUGACUAUUCACCACAGAUCCCCAUGCUCAAGUUCUAA